AACUAGGGGGUUGAACGUCUGGGCAGAUUUUAAGCAAGCAAAUCUGAGAUUUGGAAAGGAUUAUUCGCUAGACUUUCUUCAAAGGUUGGAAGGCAAAAGACUGCGUUUGUUAGCACUGCCGGACGCUUAGUUUGGCAGUAUCUCCUGGAAGAACGUGGCCGAAAACACAAUGGAGGCCAGAUGGGAGCGCUUUCUUAGACAAAGGCAAGUCCUAUUUCUCUUUGUUUUUCUGGGUGGGUCUCUGACUGAGUCUGAGUCAAGACGCUACUCUGUGGUCGAGGAAACAGAGAGGGGCUAUUUAAUAGCCAAUCUAGCAAAGGAUUUAGGGCUAGGGGUAGGGGAACUGGCUGUGAGGGGAGCCCAAGUUGUGUCUAAAGGGAACAAAGAGCAUUUUCAGCUCAACCAUCAGACCGGCGAUUUGCUCCUGCAUGAGAAAUUGGACCGGGAAGAGCUAUGCGGCCACACGGAGCCAUGUUUACUGCACUUUCAGAUAUUACUGCAAAACCCUUUGCAGUUUAUUACAAAUGAGGUUCAAGUCGUAGAUGUAAACGACCAUUCUCCGGUAUUCUUUGAAAAUGAAAUGCAGCUGAAACUCUUAGAAAAUACGCCACCAGGAACCGUAAUUCCUUUGGAAAAUGCUGAGGACUUGGAUGUGGGAAGAAACAGUCUCCAAAACUACACAAUCGCUCCUAAUUCCCAUUUCCAUGUUCUCACACGCAAUCGUAGGGAUGGAAGAAAGUACCCACAACUAGUGCUGGACAAUGCGCUAGACCGUGAGGAGCAGCCAGAGCUCGUUUUGACCCUCACGGCGCUAGAUGGGGGCUCUCCACCCCGGUCGGGGAUCGCCCAGAUCCACAUCCUGGUCUUAGACAUAAAUGACAACGCCCCAGAAUUUACACAGUCACUCUAUGAGGUUCAAAUUCUAGAGAACAGUCCCAUUAACUCUGUUAUUGUCACUGUCUCAGCUUCUGACUUAGAUACAGGAAAUUUUGGGACAGUAUCAUAUGCAUUUUUUCACGCUUCUGAAGAAAUUCGCAAAACUUUUCAGUUAAAUUCAAUCACUGGUGAUAUCCAACUAGUCAAAUAUUUGAAUUAUGAGGUUAUGAAUACUUAUGAAGUGGACAUAGAAGCUAAGGAUGGCGGGGGCCUUUCAGGAAAAACCACAGUGAUAGUUCAGGUGGUUGAUGUGAAUGACAACCCACCAGAACUGACCUUGUCCUCAAUUACCAGUCCUAUCCCUGAGAACUCGCCAGAGACUGUGGUGGCUGUUUUCAGUGUCUCAGAUCCUGACUCUGGAGACAAUGGAAGAAUUAUGUGCUCCAUCGAGAACAAUCUCCCCUUCGUCCUAAAACCAUCAGUAGAGAAUUUUUACACCCUACUGUCAAAAGGAGCACUAGACAGAGAGAGUCAGGCCGAGUACAACAUCACCAUCACCGUCACCGACCUGGGGACCCCCAGGCUGAAAACUCAGCACAACCUAACGGUGACGGUGUCCGACGUCAACGACAACGCCCCGACCUUCAGCCAGACGUCCUACACCCUGCGCGUCCGCGAGAACAACAGCCCCGCGCUGCACAUCGGCAGCGUGAGCGCCACCGACAGAGACUCGGGCGCCAACGCCCAGGUCACCUACUCGCUGCUGCCGCCCCACGACCCGCAGCUGCCGCUGGGCUCGCUGGUGUCCAUCAACGCGGACAACGGGCAGCUGUUCGCGCUCAGGUCGCUGGAUUUCGAGGCGCUGCAGGCGUUCGAGUUCCGCGUGGGCGCGGCCGACCGCGGCUCGCCGGCGCUCAGCAGCCAGGCGCUGGUGCGCGUGCUGGUGGCGGACGCCAACGACAACGCGCCCUUCGUGCUGUACCCGCUGCAGAACGGCUCGGCGCCCUGCACCGAGCUGGUGCCGCGGGCGGCCGAGGCGGGCUACCUGGUGGCCAAGGUGGUGGCGGUGGACGGCGACUCGGGCCAGAACGCCUGGCUGUCGUACCAGCUGCUCAAGGCCACGGAGCCCGGGCUGUUCGGCGUGUGGGCGCACAACGGCGAGGUGCGCACGGCGCGGCCGCUGAGCGAGCGCGACGCCGUCAAGCACAGGCUGCUGGUGCUGGUCCGGGACCACGGCGAGCCGCCGCUGUCGGCCAGCGUCACGCUGCACGUGCUGCUGGUGGACGGCUUCUCGCAGCCCUACCUGCCGCUGCCGGACGCGGCGGCGGCCGAGGCCCGCGCCGACCCGCUCACCGUCUACCUGGUGGUGGCCUUGGCGUCCGUGUCGUCGCUCUUCCUGUUCUCGGUGCUGGUGUUCGUGGCGGUGCGGCUGUGCAGGCGGAGCCGGGCGGCGUCGGGGGGCGGCUGCUCGGUGCCCGAGGGUCCGUUUCCGGGCCACCUGGUGGACGUCAGCGGCGCGGGGACCCUGUCCCACAGCUACCAGUAUGAGGUGUGUCUGAGGGGAGGUACAGGGACAAAUGAAUUCAAGUUCCUCAAGCCCAUUUUUCCCAAUGGUCUGGUUCAAGAUACUGAGUGAGACUUCAGCAAAGCUCCAAUUUUAAGGAUAGUUUAGGUUUCAUUUACAGAAUAGUGAAAAAAUUAUUUGUUUGGCUAUGGUUGU